AAAAUCGAUGAUAGUUUCUAAAAUCGUAUGAAAACAAAACAAUAGUGAAAAUAGAAAUGUCAAAAUUGUAUAUGUGAAAAAACAUGGAGCAAAUUGAUCAAGAAACAGCAAAAAUAUUAUUUGAAGAAGGUGGUACAAUAAUAUUUCUUGGUGUUCCAGAAGGUACAGAAUUUGGCAUUGAUCUAAAAUCAUGGAACACUGAAGAAAAUUUUCGUGGGGUUAAAAUGAUACCACAAGGUUUACAUUAUAUACACUUUAGCUCAGUUGGGAAUAUGGGGGAUGUUGCACCAAGGACUGGAUUCAUGCAUGAUUUUCAACGCACAGAAAUUCUACUUCUUAAAUGGGAUAAGAAACUCGAAGAUAUUAAACCAAUUACAGAUACAAAUGAAAUUGAUACUCUGAGAGCUAAUUUAAAGAAUUUGGAUCGAUUUCUUGGUGCUUAUCCAUAUGAUAUCUUCCCUAAAUGGAAACAUUUAACAACGUACUUAAAUAAUGAUAUCGUGAAGAAGUUACAGCCAACAUCGGGGAUAAUUCGAUCCGCAUUGGAGUUGGUUUCAUGCGAAAAACGGGAUAUUACCAAACCAGAUCCACCAAGUUUAAAACGAAGACGUCGUACUCGACCUGGAAUUGAUAAUGUCGACGAUGAUUUAUUACCAGAUCUAAAACCAGUUCCAGGUACUGAGCUACGAUUAACGGUCUUCCCCGAAAAUAGUUAUCCAGAUGGAUCAACUCCAGCCGAAAUUACAAAACAUUCAUUGGAUUCAACGUACGUUUUAGAAUGUUUAAUUAAAAAUUACACGCGCCCAAUUGAAAUCAUUGGGGAAGUGCAAUUUACGUUCAUUUGUUUUCUGGUCGGUCACAGUUUAGAAGCAUUCGAACAGUGGAAACGUCUGGUGAAUAUUAUUUGCUCGUGUGAACUUGCCAUUACAAAGUAUCGUAUUAUUUUCGAUACGUUUCUAUCGGUUUUCGAAGCACAAUUAUUGGAAGUGCCUGAAGAAUUUUUAGCUGAUAUUGUGGCCAAUAAUAACUUUGCAUAUUUAAAAUUACGGCAAUUGUUUUGUGCAAUUCAAAAUAGUACAGUUGAUGGAAAAUUAAAAUCGAAAGCAAAACGUUUUGCUGAACGUUUAAGUGAUAUUUAUUUUUGGGAUUUUUCCAAUUUGGACGAAGAAGAUGAUGAUGAAGCUCCAGUUAUUGUUAAAUUAUAA